AUGCCGCUCUUCGAACUUUCACCGAACAUUCAGGAAUCUGAGGCUACUGGCCGGAAGAGAAGUCACGAUGAAAUGGAAAUUUCCGAAGAUGUGAAACUACCACCCCCGGUCUUUGAUCAGAUCAAUGGAGAAGAGACAGCCCCUACAAAUGGAGGCAGAGCUGCAUCACCAGCUUCAUCGGAACUUAGCGACCCCGGCACCGCUACACCACCACGUGCAUCUCCUUCACCUCAAACUCCGGCUAAAAAGCAGGCAACACAGACCACAAUCGCCUCGGCAUCCAAAUCAACGACAACCCUAGCAAAACGAAAGAAGUUGACACCAGCUGAGAAGGCCGAGAAGGACCAAGAAGCAGCCCGGAUCAAGGCCGAGAAAGAAAAGGAAAAGGCUGAAAAAGAAAAAGAGGCUGCCCGGCUCAAGGCAGAGAAGGAGAAAGCUCGGGAAGAACGUGAAAAGAAGGCUGCUAUUCGACAAGUGGAAAAAGCCAAGGCAGACGCAGAAAAGGCAGCCAAGGCUAAGGAACGUGAAGAAAAGAAACGACAGCUGGACGAAGAGAAGAAGCGAAAGGACGAAGAAAAACGGCGAAAGGAGGAAGAGAAAGAGAAGAAGGCUCGUCAGCAACCAACUCUAGGCGCUUUCUUCAAGGUUCCAAGCACUCCUAAGAAGGCUGCCGACACUAUUCAACCUAAGAGCAGCACUCCUGGGAAACCAAGCCCCGCCAAAGAUUCCCUCAAGUCUUCGAAAACCGAGUAUGAGAAGCUCUUCCAGCCAUUCUUCAUCAAGGACCAUACGCGAGUUGCACAUGUUGGACCCCAGAUGGACACUGAAACACGAGAGGCCAAGUCGAAGAUACUGGACGAAUGUAUCGGUGGACAAAGAGAGGAGGAAUUGAAAGCUUCUCGCUUUGACCCGGUCCGCCUAUUCGCUUUACCUAGCAAAUCUUCCCCUCGGGGUAUGCUCCAUCAUCCAGUUAGGCACAUUAUGGAGCAGGUUUUCAGGGAGACAGAGAAGGCGGAAAACGCAGGCCCCGAGCAUGUUGCUAAGAUCAUGCGGGACACGCGCCAAAAGCUUUCCAAGGUACCUAUGAAGGUCAUUUCAUUCUCACAAGACGUGCGCCCUCCUUACUACGGAACAAACACUUUCAAGCCAUUUGCUCUUGGAAAACUCAACAUGAGCCAGUUGGCUCGCCACCCUACAGGAAGACGACUGCCACUCGACUACGACUAUGAUUCGGAAGCUGAAUGGCAGGAGGAAGAAGAAGGCGAGGAUCUUGACGUCGAUGACGAUGAAGAGGAAAUGGACGACGAGGACGACAUGGACGAAUUUCUUGAUGAUUCAGAAGAUGCUGGGCUUUCUCGACGAAUCUUUGCCAACACUUUGGAGCCAAACAGUACUGGGAUCUGUUUUGAUGAUGGGAAUGGUGCAGCAAACCAAGUUAUCCACGAACACAGGAUGGAGUUUAUGCACGAUGGCCUUCAGCAAACCUGGGGUAUUGAUCCAUUCUCAACGGAAUACUGGGAGCCAGAAAUCAAGAAGACGGUGGGCCGACCCGCCAAGACGACUCAGGCAUCCGAAACCACAACGAAGAUGCCUCCCCCGCCUACACCCUCGAAUGCAUUUGCUGCAUUGACAGGCGCAAGCGGUAUUAGUGGUGCAUCUACUAAGCUUGUCAAGUCCGAGCUUUUAGAUGACGUGAAGAGAGCUAUUUUGGACAACAAAGCUCUUUCCAAGGUUGGAAUCAUUGACUUCCUUUACCACCAAUUUCGGGACGAUGUGUCUCGUGCUGAGGUAAAGAACACAGUCGAGCUGGUGGCAGAGAAAACAGGCAAAGGACGCUCCAAAGAGUGGGCGUUGAAGAGUGGACAUGAGAUUACCUCAUGA